GUCUUUGCGCAUGCUCCGUGCAUGUAAACACAGGCGCGUGCUCCUGUCUGUGAUCAGAAGUUGAUUAGUGAUCAUUUAUGGAUUAUUACAAACAUAAUGACUCAUGUGAUCGAUGAGUGACGUCACGAGCAUGCAGCACGUGCGGGGGAGACUGGAGGAGUGUGCACGCGAGGCGCACGAGCUGUACCUGCACAGGUGUGUUCCAUACAUGGACGGUGCUCCAGACCCUCUGGACUUCUACAGAUCCUGGAUCAGCCCAAACAGACCUUGUGUGAUCCGGAACUGCCUCCAGCACUGGAGCGCCCCCCGGCUGUGGACCUACGACUACCUCAGGCAGAAGGUGGGGCAGAAGCAGAUCUCGGUGGCGGUCACUCCAAACGGUCUGGCAGACGCGGUGAACGGCGAUCGCUUUGUGAUGCCGGAGGAGAGGAGCAUGAAGCUGAGCCAAGUUCUGGACAUCAUGGAGGGGAAGGUGUGUAAACCCGGAGGCUCAGGUGUGUUCUACGUUCAGAAACAGUGUUCAAACCUCCUGGAGGAGCUGCCGGAGCUCACCUCAGACCUGGAGCCCCAUGUUGCCUGGAUGAGCACUGCACUUGGGAAGAUGCCUGAUGCUGUGAACUUUUGGCUCGGAGAAGAGAGUGCCAUCACCUCCAUGCACAAAGAUCACUAUGAGAACUUGUACUGUGUGAUUUCUGGAGAGAAGCACUUCCUGCUGGUGCCCCCGACGGACCGGCCCUUCAUCCCCUACGGUCUGUUCCAGCCUGCCGUGUACCACCAGCGCGAAGACGGACAGUUUGAGAUCAUCGACCAAGAAGGGCACGAGAAGGUUCCGUGGAUCCCUGUGGACCCUCUGGCCCCAGACUUGACCCGGUUCCCUGAGUUCGGGUCAGUGAGUCCACUCCAGGUGACCGUUAGAGCUGGGGAGAUGCUGUACCUGCCAUCGCUCUGGUUCCACCAUGUGAGACAGAGCCACGGCGCCAUCGCAGUGAACUUCUGGUAUGACAUGGAGUACGACCUCAGAUACAACUACUACCAGCUGAUUGACCAGCUCAGUGACAUCACGCUGACGUGAUGGUGACAUCACCACCUCUGACCGUUUACCGCGUCCUCUGUAAAUGUGUGUACAAUAAAAGAUUUUUAUCAAACU